AUGGCCGUCUCCCCCCUAGUCUACCCCCCCCAACCAUCUCUCAGCUCCCCUCACAAACGCCAACCCCCCUCCUCUCAACAAACCUCCAGCAAUGGCACCCCAAGCGGUGCUCCCCUCUCAGCAGCCAAACCAAUCCUCCCCCUCCCCCGACAAGACCCCUCCUCCUCCACCACCCCCCCUCCCUCCCUCACCCUCGACCCAAUCGAGCAAAUGAACGAGCUCGAAAAGCGCAAAUACGUCAAAGGCCGCAAACUAGGCGAAGGCACCUACGCCAACGUCUACUUGGGGCACUCCCGCUCCGACCCAACCUCCCUCGUCGCCAUCAAAAAGAUAAAAGUCCAAGCCCAAUACAACGACGGCCUCGCCCCCGACGCCGUACGAGAGCUGAAACACCUCCAAGAACUCCGCGGCCACCCAAACAUCAUCCAGCUCUACUCCGUCUUCUCCUCCAAAGACCAAAACUUGAAUCUAGUACUCGAGUACCUCCCCCUCGGGGACCUGGAAAUGCUCAUCAAGGACGUCGACAGGGUCCGGUACGGCGCGGGGGAUAUAAAAGCCUGGAUGGGCAUGCUCACGAGGGCGGUCUGGUUCUGCCACGAGAAUUACGUCUUGCACAGGGAUAUCAAACCAAACAAUUUACUCAUCGCCGCUGAUGGGGAGGUCAAGCUCGCUGAUUUCGGUCUGGCGAGGGGGUUCUCCGAUCCGGGGUGGAGGAUGACGGCCACGGUCAUCACCCGCUGGUACCGCCCUCCUGAGCUCCUCUUUGGCGCAAGGCACUACUCGGGCGCGGUGGAUAUAUGGUCUGUGGGCAUGGUGUUCGCCGAGCUGAUCAUUCGAACCGCGUAUCUCCCGGGCAACACAGAGGUGGAACAGAUCGCGCUGAUCUGCAAGCAGAUUGGGACGCCGACGGAAGAUAACUGGCCGGGCGUGACGCAGUUGAGCCAGUAUACCGUCCCCAGCGAGGUGACGCCUGUGUGGGGAAAAGAGGCGUACAUGGGACGGUUCGGGGCGGUGGGGUCGGAGGGGGUGGAUUUGUUGGUCAAGACGUUGGCGUUGGAUCCGAAGAAGAGGAUCACGGCCAGGGAGAUGCUGGAGCACAGGUGGUGGAGGACGGAGCCGAAGCCGACGAGAAAGGAAGAUUUGCCGAGGAAGAGCGGGGGGGGGGAAGAAAAGAUGGGGGCGGAUUUGAAGAGGAGGAAUGGGGUUUUGGAGGGGGAGGAUAGGGGGAGCAAAGUGGCGAGGAAGCUGGAUUUUGGGGCUAUGAAAUAA